CCACAUCACCACUACACAAUGUCUUUAGUCGGCACCUUACGGGGUGAUUUACCACAGCAGACGCGAUCACUGUAUCGACAGUUGUUGCGCCAGAGCAAAGAAUUCAGCUCCUACAAUUUCCGCGAAUAUGCGAGGCGACGGACCCGAGAUGCUUUCCGAGAAAAUAUUGCGGUACAAGAUUCGCGCCAGAUCCAAGAGCUGAUCCAGAAGGGGCUGAAGGAACUCCAGACGAUGAAGCGACAAACCAUCAUUGGACAGUUCUACAAGCUGGAUCGAUUAGUAGUGGAGGGCGGACAAUCGGGCAAAGAAACCGGCCAUUCAGGAGAGAUAUUAAGGCAAAAAGACACAGGGCAUGACUGAUUACGCAACGGAUGCAUGCAUUAACGACGAAAAUAAUCACGGGCGGAAUGAUGGCUGUACAGUAGGAUGGCAAUGGGCUUGUACAUCAUACAUAUACCACUGGAAUAUCGAGAGACGACUUUUCGGCUUGGUUUAGGAGUAUUGCGGGAUCGUUAUGAAACAAAUAUUAGACUACUACACUACAACAAAUCUCAAUUCUGGUUGCGACAA